AUGUUUAAAACUAAUGAUUAUACAAAUUCUCUAAUUGUGGCAAAAACUUCUAGCAACAUAUUUACCUAUAAUAUUAUUCAAAUAGGAACAUAUCCUAAUAAAGAUAUUCUUGUUUUUACAGCAAAGCCAAAUCAAUAUCGAGUUUCUCAUAAUUAUAUUGUUGAAACUACUUUUAGAAGUAACCAAUCACAAAAAAUUAUAACAUGCUCAAUUCAAUAUCAAGACAAAAAACCUGAAUUUAUGAUUGAAUUUAUAUAUAACAAUAAUACUAAAAUUCGUAAACCAUUUGAUAAUCUUAGUAAUUCAAUGCAAUUAAAACAUAACAAACAAUUUGGAAAUCAAUUUUUAGAUUUAUUUAAACAACAAGUAUUACAAACAUUUAAUCAAGAAGACGAUGUUUUACUUGAAGAAUUAAUUUUUUCUGUAG